CUCCGGGGGGCGAGAGAAAGGACCAGUCUAUAUAAAGUACAGCUCAGUGGCCUUUCUCUAAUACAUGCCAUAUAAAGUUAUAUGCAACAUGCUGUAGUGAUGGCCUAUUAUUUUAUUGACCAAUAAGGUAAGUACCUGUCCUUCAAUCUGCUUGUAGUCCCUCUCCAGUUUAGAUUAAAUUGUCUUAUUCCAGGGCACUAGCAAAUAUAUGCUUAUUUUAUAAAUAGAACUCACAGGUUUGAAAAGAGACAUGUAUCCAUCAAGUUCAGCCUUCCUAAGACACAUCUGCGUAUCAUUGUAGUUAUUUACAUGUUAAAUUUUGAAUUUAUUAGAGUGCUCAUUCCCAUGGCUUCCAAAAUGUUGGUGUUUUUUUAUGUUUUUUUUCUGUAUUCGCAAGUUUAUUGAGUUCCAAAAUAUAAAGCAGCAUUUUGCAAAAACAUACAAUAAAUCAUUUGUGAUGUAUAUUAAGACAUUAGUCCACGGUAUGUUUCAUAGUAGAGUACUAUGUCUAUAGGGCAUCUCCAGUUUACAGCAGAGUCAGAUAUGUGUGAAUUUUAGCUAACCUAGACCUUGAUUUAAUACAUUUGGAUAAAAUUAUACAAUUACUUGAUAUUUUGAAAGAUAUUUUAUUUAUUUUUUAAAAUAUAUUUAUUAUUGAUAUUUUAAUAUUUUGAAGAGGUUAUCCAAAAAUAUUAAAUCAUUUAAAAAGGUUAUUCAUAAAUAUUAUAUUGAGUCUAUAAUACUAGGACAGAAGGAAGAUUAGCUUACAUCAGCGAAGAAGUCAUUUUUUCUGACUCUUUGAAAUUCAACAUCACAUCAGAUAAUUGGUGCCUAUGAGGCUAAAUAUGACUGACUAAUAAAGUAUUUCUCCCAGAAAGCAGCAAACUAAACGUAUCACUAGCAAAAAUGAACAAAUGGAAAAAUUGUGACAAUCAAAUACUUUAGUAAUGUUUUUUUAGUUUAUUCAAUUUAAUCACAGUUGUCGCAAUACCCUAAUGAUAAGUCAUCACGUACUGUUGAAGAGUUGAGUUAGCUUUCAUGUUAGGGUACAUGUCUAGCCUUGUUGUCAAAAAGUUUAAGGGCAUGUCUAUCCAAAUGUUGCCAACUCCCUAAAUAAAGAAUUUGGACAUAACACUAUUUCCUGUUUCAUAUACCUUUAAAGGAGACGAAGAUAGCAGUGGAAAGAAACAGGUCUUGCAAUGUAUACCCUGAUGGGAGGUGGCCUGCUCUGUGCAGUUUCUGGAUUGGUUCUCCUGAUAGUUGCCACAGCGACUGACUUUUGGAUGCAAUAUCGUUAUUCGGGAAACUUAAGCAACCAAGGGCUGUGGAGAUUCUGCGUGGCUGGGAAAUGCCACCCCCAUACAAUCACUGUUGGUAAGACAAUAUCAGAUGACAGAAUAUAUAUCAAACAAACAUAGUCAAAUGUCUAUUAUAAAUGAAAAAUAAAUAAAAAACAAAAAACAACCCAAAACAGUGAAUUAAGCCAAGAUAGACCAACCAUACUGCUUGAACAGCAAAAUAGAAAAUAAAAUUAUACAUAGCUAAAGUUAUUACAAUCAGUAAAAGAACAGUAUACUCUGUGUCCCAGGUAUAUCAGAUUGGGUGCAGUAUACAGAGAGUCCCUAGUAAAUCAGAUUGGGGGAAAUCCUGGCUAAAAUGGAGUAGAGGUCAGUAUACAAAGCGCUGCAUAAGUCAAAUUAGGGGCAGUAUACAGAAUGUCCUUGGUAAAUCAAAUUAGGGGCAGUAUACAGAAUGUCCUUGGUAAAUCAAAUUAGGGGCAGUAUACUGAAUGUCCUUGGUAAAUCAAAUUAGGGGCAGUAUAUAGAAUGUCCUUGGUGAAUCAAAUUAGGGGCAGUAUAUAGAAUGUCCUUGGUGAAUCAUAUUAGGGGCAGUAUACAGAAUGUCCUUGGUGAAUCAAAUUAGGGGCAGUAUACAGAAUGUCCUUGGUGAAUCAUAUUAUGGCAGUAUACAGAAUGUCCUUGGUGAAUCAAAUAAGGGGCAGUAUACAGAAUGUCCUUGGUGAAUCAAAUUAGGGGCAGUAUACAGAAUGUCCUUGGUGAAUCAUAAUAGGGGCAGUAUACAGAAUGUCUUUGGUGAAUCAAAUUAGGGGCAGUAUACAGAAUGUCUUUGGUGAAUCAUAUUAGGGGCUGUAUACAGUGCCUUUGGUGAAUCAUAUUAGGGGCAGUAUACAGUGCCUUUGGUGAAUCAUAUUAGGGGCAGUAUACAGUGCCUUUGGUGAAUCAUAUUAGGGGCAGUAUACAGUGCCUUUGGUGAAUCAGAUUAAGGGCAGUAUACAAUGUCUUUGGUGAAUCAUAUUAGGGGCAGUAUACAGAAUGUCUUUGGUGAAUCAUAUAAGGGGCAGUAUACAGAAUGUCUUUGGUGAAUCAUAUAAGGGGCAGUAUACAGAAUAUCUUUGGUGAAUCAGAUUAAGGGCAGUAUACAGAAUGUCCUUGGUGAAUCAGAUUAAGGGCAGUAUACAGAAUGUCCUUGGUGAAUCAAAUUAGGGGCAGUAUACAGAAUGUCCUUGGUGAAUCAAAUUAGGGGCAGUAUACAGAAUGUCCUUGGUGAAUCAUAUUAGGGGCAGUAUACAGAAUGUCUUUGGUGAAUUAAAUUAGGGGCAGUAUACAGAAUGUCUUUGGUGAAUCAUAUUAGGGGCCGUAUACAGUGUCUUUGGUGAAUCAUAUUAGGGGCAGUAUACAGUGUCUUUGGUGAAUCAGAUUAAGGGCAGUAUACAAUGUCUUUGGUGAAUCAUAUUAGGGGCAGUAUACAGAAUGUCUUUGGUGAAUCAAAUUAGGGGCAGUAUACAGAAUGUCUUUGGUGAAUCAUAUUAGGGGCAGUAUACAGAAUGUCUUUGGUGAAUCAUAUAAGGGGCAGUAUACAGAAUGUCUUUGGUGAAUCAGAUUAAGGGCAGUAUACAGAAUGUCCUUGGUGAAUCAGAUUAAGGGCAGUAUACAGAAUGUCCUUGGUGAAUCAAAUUAGGGGCAGUAUACAGAAUGUCCUUGGUGAAUCAUAUUAGGGGCAGUAUACAGUGUCUUUGGUGAAUCAUAUAAGGGGCAGUAUACAGUGUCUUUGGUGAAUCAGAUUAAGGGCAGAAUACAGUGUCUUUGGUGAAUCAUAUAAGGGGCAGUAUACAGUGUCUUUGGUGAAUCAGAUUAAGGGCAGAAUACAGUGUCCUGGGUAAAUCUGAUUAGAAGGCAGCAUACAGAGAAUCUUGGGUAAAUCCAAUAAAGCAAUAAUAUAGUGAAAGUCCUAGGUAAAUAAGAUUAGGGGACGAAUACUGAGGGUCCAAGGUUAUUAACAGUAAACUUCAGCAAAGAUAGAGAGGCUAGACCACGGCAGCAAAUGGUCUCAUACAGCUAUAAACACAAGCCAGAGUGCUAUAGGAAAGAUAUAGAAAGCUUUUUGAGGGUUGGAGAUCAAACAACUGAAAUGAGGAGAGAUAAUGAUCAUAUUGAGGGAGUUUCCCAUCUCUUAUAGUCACCUUCCUGGUCAUCUUUACAUCAGAUUAGAGAACAGUUUAGUAAGCAUCCCAGGUGAAUUACAUUAGGUGGCAACAUGCAGACUCUAAGGUCUCAGAUGUCAAGCAAUAGAUUUUCUGUCAUCUCAGUAAUUUUACAGGCCUGAGCCUGUAAGAAAAGUUCCCAAUUUUUUUUAUAAGAAAAUCAAGUCAGUGUAGAUACAAAUAAUGAAAUCAGAUAUGGAAAUAAAGUGUAAAAUAACAUGAGAAGAACAUGAGCUGUAUAGUGAUUAGUGCAUUAGUAGGCAGAAGGUAGUUAGGAGAACCCACUAAUCAUACGUUUGGUUUUGUUUUUUGUUUUAGCAUUUUGGGAUGCCACUCGGGCAUUCAUGCUGCUAUCCAUCCUAUCAUGCUUUGCGGGCAUUAUUUUGGGCCUCACAGCUUUUUCCAGUGGAGCCAAAUCUGCUAGAACUCGUUCUGCUGGGGUCACUUUGCUGGUGGCAGGUAGGACACACACAGGUCAAGAGUGGCUUGAUUGUUUAUAUGUUGGUUGUGUUUAUCUUACCAAUAACACUCAGGUUUAUAUCUAGUGAUGGUUGAUUUCAGUAACAUGCCUGCCAAUCUACCCUGAAAGAGAGGGGUCUGUAUAAAGUAGCAGGUACACCCGUGAAAGUGUAGUAGAAAGAAGGGGUAAUACCUUUGUAUAUUCUCAAAGGUGGAUGAAAUCUUGGUGGAAGUUGAAUAUAUAAAAAAUAAUACAGCAAAAUCUAGUACAGUAUAUUCUGUAUAUUAUAUGUUGCAUCUGGGCUUUAUAAUCCCUGCCUGAGGCUAACUGGUCUCUUCUUCAAUAAGGUGUGUGAUGCCUUAAGGAUGUAAGUUGACUCAAAAUGGUGUAUUCCCCACCAAAGGGCCUGGUGGUUUAUAUAGAUAAAAACAGAAAAAUAUAGUGCUCACUGCUAAAAAAAAACCAUAAAUAAAAAAUAUUGGAAGGGUACUCACAAGGGAAGAGCAUAGCAGGUAUGGUUUUGCUCAAUCUACAGCGCUGGUAUGUUCCCCACAAAAGGAAUGUGUAUCCAGGCUCCAGCAGAAAAGAUCAGGGUAAGUGCAGAAAAUAAAUUAAUAUAAACAGCUAUUUUAUUUAGCAAAUUAGUGUAUAACAUAGUAAAAGCAAUACAGGUGAGUAAAAAAACACAGCGCAUUUCGCCUAUACGAAAUGAACAAGCUAUACUCUGUAUAGGCGAAACGCGUUAGGUGUUAUAGGGCAUUAUUUGCACAGAAUACUUUGAAUGGAAAAGAAAAAGAGGCAAACUACUAGCGCAGGACCUUUAGUGACCUUUAGUGAUGCAGUAAAUGUAUGGUGCCUAUUAUAUAGCUUUAUAUUAAUUGGUCACUUGGAUUUGUUAACCUGGGGCUUGUGACUGAAACUUUGUAUCAGUCCUGCCUAACAUGUGAUUGAUCGUGUAAUGCAAGAUUUGAGCUUCAGAAUCAUUUCCUUUCUCGUUCCAGUAAUGUUUUGUUCGAAUUAAUUAUCUGACUCAAUCUCUUGCCUGGGGUGAGAGAUUGGAACACAUUACUAUGACGUGUUUCAGUCUUACAAUAUAAUUUAAACAGUUUCUGCCAAAAUACACAUUCAUAUGUUCAGCUGGGCAGUUAAUGAAGUGAAAGAGAUCUUUCACAUAUCUAUUUAAAUGUGUGUAGCAUGUGAGAGUUAUAUGCCUCUCCUAUUUUUAAGGUGAGAACAAGCCUUGUUCAGCUUUGUUAAAAGAGUCUCAAAUGGCACCAUAAUACUUUCAUCUUGCUGAAAUGGUUAUGGUGCCUGGAGUGCCCUAGGUGCUUCCCAUUGUUCAGCAUUAUAUAUUGUGUACCACAUAAGCCUGAGCCGCGAUGGCCAGUAAUGAUAGGCUAAUAAUAUCAGCUGAAUGCUCUCAGCCUAUUGAUGGUGCCCUCUAAUAGUAUGGAUUGGUAGGUCUAAUGCUAAAUUAUUUUACUAUUAACCAUACCUUCUGAGGGUGGUGGGGACACGGAUGGCCUGGGGAUUCAGCGUUAAGUUAAUUAAGAUCAGUUAGACACUGAAAAAUGGGAAGGUGCCGGGUAAUCCAGACACCAUGGCCACUUCAAUUAAAUUGGUUGCUGUGCUUAUUGGGGGUUUUUCAAUAUAACAACCAAGUAAACAUUUUGAUGCAGAACAAUUUUAUUAUCUUUAAUAUGCUGAUAACUUUGAAAUUAUAACAUGCAACAUAACCAAUAUUUUAUAUAUGAGGAAAAUAACAGAGAGUAAAAAAGAACUUGCUUCUUGUUCAAACUUGCAAGUAACAGAUAAACUACCUGUGAAAAAGGAUAGCGUGAGAGCCUCUGAUCGGUUAUCUUAUUGAGAUCUUAUCACUUGUGUAACUCAAAGUAUGCGCAAUGCUAUAUUAUGAAAAUAUAAAUUGUUUAAUGCAUAAACUUAAAAAACACUAAAAUGCUAAAAUUAAUGAACUAUCCCUUUUUACUUUUACUGCAGUUCACAUAUUGUUGUUUUGUUUUUUGAUAGUCACAAAUACGUCUGAUUUCUGACCCAAAUGACUAGUACUACUGGCAAUUUAUUGAGGCCAAUGACACAGAUACUUUACAUAUAAUUAAUACACAUAUCUAGUUUGGCCAGGUUUGGAACCACUGACAAAUACUGAAAUAACCUUUAUUACAUAUACCCUGUUUGGCCAGGUUUAUGGACAAGUAACAGUUUACUAGACAUUAAAACAAAUAUCCUAUUCAGCCAAGUUUAGAGACCAAUGACAAUUAUAUAAAAUGUACUAGCUAUUUGUAUAGCUAUCAUUUUUUCCAGGUUUAGAAACUAGUGACUAAGGGUGCGUACAAAUAGACCAGUUUGAUAAACAUUUGUAAAACAUUUCUGUGUCUAGGUUUCUUUGCCCUGCUAGCUCUGUCUGUCUACACCGGAGUGACUGUGAAUUUCUUUGGGAAGCGUUAUGCAGAUUGGCGGUUUUCCUGGUCUUAUAUCCUGGGUUGGAUUGGAAUCAUACUCACUGUAUCAGCAGGUGAAUUUCAGCAGGGCAAAUUGUACUAUUUGAAACAAUGUAAUUAUUGCACAUGGUAUUUUAUGUAAAAGGAAAUAUUGAAGUUUGUUACUUGAUGACAUUGCACUAUUGACACACAUUUUAAUUAGAUUCGAACCAGGAGAAAAAUACCUUAAAGGACCACUAUAGUGCCAGGAAAACAUACUCGUUUUCCUGGCACUAUAGGGCCCUGAGGGUGCCCCCAACCUCAGGGUCCCACUCCCGCCGGGCUGGAUGGCAAGGAAAGGGGUUAAACUUACCCUUUUUCCAGCGCCGGGCGGGGAGCUCUCCUCCUCCUCUUCGCCUCCGAUCCUCCUCUUCGGCUGAAUGCGCAUGCGCGGCAGGAGCCGGUCUCAUAGGACGCUGGCGUCUGCUCACUGUGAUUUUCACAGUGAGAAGCACGCAAACGCCUCUGAUGUGAUCUGGGUGCCUAGAGUGGUCCUUUAAAGGUGUCCUGGGGUAAACUGGGAUUUAGGGUAUACAAGGUGUAAUAAUCCCAUAUCCGAACACAUAUUAAAGGGGAACUGUUAUAUCCAAUUAUUCUUAAGUAUGUUGUUUACCUAUUUCCUGUACUUUAAAAUAUGUAUUUAAUAAGUGUGAAAAUAAAAUUAAAUAUAGAAAUCAACAUCUAACUAUCCUGCAACUGGCUGCAGCCAUCUUGGACUUUAUUGGCCAAUCAUUACAAGUGCUGUAUUUUGCCCCUAGCAGUCAGUAUAGAGAAAGCAUACAGAGAAGAGAAGAUAUACAACGUUUUGAGAGUUUUUGAGAACUCAGAAUUCAGUUUCAUAUUUAAGGUGAAAACAGUCAACCUGGAAAAAAGUUAGCUGUACUUGCACAUCGGCUAAUUUUAUAAUAAAUUUGACAUUCACUUUAAAUUCCGAACAAGUCUCACUUUAGUGAAUAGCCCUGUAAAUCUUUAACAUAAAUGUAAAAAAAGGGUGAUAGGUGGUUUUCUUUUUCCCCCCUCAAGGUGUAAUUUCCUUAGAAGUAACAGUUCCCUUAUAAAAACUUCACAAAUGCUACACUGUCCCCUUUAACCUCCAUCACCCCAGCAAACCAUGUGUGUGACAUAUUGUGGGAAUGUAGUUAUUUGGGGCGCACAUUUUCAUUUAUUUACAUUUUAACCUUGAAAAAUGCACUGAGAUUUUUGUUUUUAAAGGUGUCAUAGACAGAAUAUACUAUUCCAGCCAUAGAACAUAGUAGUUCCCCCCUCACUGUACCCUUCCCCCUCCUCCCCUCCCCCCCAUCCCCAGGUAUAGUGACUUUUUAGAAUUUGUAGUCUAUUUUCCUGUUAUAAACCUCAAAUGAAAAUUGUUACUGGACAACAUCUUGCACCCGUGUCUUAUAUCUUUUCCAUAUAUUUAAGUGAACUUACUAUAUUAACAUCUACCACUUCUGUUGCAAGUCAGUUCUAUGUGUCCACUGAACAUUCAGUGUUUUAUAACCUCAUGCCUAUUCAGUGCAUGUUUACAUUCCCUCAUUAUACUUACCAUUACUAUUAGUGGAUUUUUAUUCCUGUGCACAACACUCUUUCAAUGCAAUAUUGAUGCUUAGCAUUUACACUGAACACAAUUAUAAACGCUUUUGUUUUUGCCCCCAUUAUUCAUGAGCUGAACUCAAUGAUCUAAGACUUUUUCUAUGUACACAAAAGGGAUAUUUGGCUCAAAUAUUGUUCACAAAUCUGUCUAAACCUGUGUUAGUGAGCACUUCUACUUUGCCGAGAUAAUCCAUCCACUUUACAGAUGUGGUAUAUCAAGAUGCUGAUUCGACAGCGUGAUUAUUGCACAGGUGUGCCUUAGGCUGGCCACAAUAGAAGGCCACUCUAAAAUGUGCAGUUUUACUGUAUUGGGGGGGGGGUCCGAAAACCAGUCAGUAUCUGGUGUGACCACCAUUUGCCUCACACAGUGCAAACAUUUCCUUCGCAUAGAGUUGAUCAGGUUGUUGAUUGUGGCCUGUGGAAUGUUGUUCCACUUCUCUUUAAUGGAUGUGCAAAGUUGCUGGACAUUGGCAGGACCUGGAACAUACUGUCGUAUACGCCGAUCCAGAGUAUUCCAAACAUGCUCAAUGGGUGACAUGUCCGGUGAGUAUGCUGGCCAUGCAAGAACUUGGAAGUUUUCAGCUUCCGGGAAUUGUGUACAGAUCUUUCCAACAUGGGGCCAUGCAUUAUCAUGCUGCAACAUGAGGUGAUGGUCGUGAAUGAAUGGCACAACAAUGGGCCUCAGGAUCUCGUCAUGGUAUCUCUGUGCAUUCAAAAUGCCAUCAAUAAAAUGCACCUGUGUUCGUUGUCCAUAACAUACGCCUGCCCAUACCAUAACCCCACCGCCACCAUUGGCCACUCGAUCCACAGCAUUGACAUCAACAAACCACUCACCCACACGACACCAUACAUGCUGUCUGCCAUCUGCCCUGCACAGUGCAAACCGGGAUUCAUCCGUGAAGAGAACAGCUCUCCAAAUUGCGAGACACCAUCAAAUGUGAGCAUUUGCACAAUCAAGUCAGUUACAACAAAGAACUGGAGUCAGUUUGAGACCCUGAUAAGGACCACCAGCAUUCAGAUGAGCUUCCCUGAUAUGGUUUCUGACCAGUUUGUGCAGACAUUCUUUGGUUAUGCAAACUGUUUGUUGCAGCAGCUGUCCAGUUGGCUGGUCUCAGCCGAUCUUGGAAGUGAAGAUGCUGGAUGUGGAGGUCUUGGGCUGGUGUGGUUACACGUGGUCUGCGGUUGUAAGGCCGGUUGGAUGUACUGCUAAAUUCUCUGAAACGCCUUUGGAGACAGCUUAUGGUGGAGAAAUGGACAUUUAAUUCACGGACAACAGCUCUGGCGGAUAUUUCUGCAGUCAGCAUGCCAAUUGCACGCUCCCUCAAAACUUGCGACAUCUGUGGCAUUGUGCUGUGUGAUAAAACUGCACAUUUUAGAGUGGCCUUUUAUUGUGGCCAGCCUAAGGCACACCUGUGCAAUAAUCAUGCUGUCUAAUUAGCAUCUUGAUAUGCCACAUCUGUAAAGUGGAUGGAUUAUCUCGGCAAAGGAGAAGUGCUCACUAACACAGAUUUAGACAGAUUUGUGAACAAUAUUUGAGAGAAAUAGGCCUUUUGUGUACAUAGAAAAAGUCUUAGAUCUUUGAUUUCAGCUCAUGAAAAAUGGGGGCAAAAACAAAAGUAUUGUGUUUAUAACUUUGUUCAGUGUAUAUUUGAUUUCUCGUAUUGUAAUAAGCCCUCUACUUCUGCUGGAAAAUGAUUCCAUAUAGCCUUUGCAGACCAUUCAUUGGUGGUGUAACCCUAUUCUAAUCCCCUGUAUGUUUUAUUUUACUGUAUAAAUCUCUACCACUUCUGCUGGAAAGUGAAUCCAUGUGCCCACUAUCCUUUCAGUAGAUUACAGAUCUAUACCUAUCCCCUUGCAUCAAAAAAUAUCUUACUCUAUUAACCUUCAUUAUUUCUGAUGUAAGGAGAUUCCACGUAUCUAUUGUCUUACACCUCUUCACCCAACCCAGAUAUACUUUCUAAGUGUCCACUGCCAUCUCUGCUGAAAGGUGAUUCCAUGUACUGACAACUCAAUUGUAGAGCUGUAUUACUUUCCCACAUUAGAGUUAAUAUUUUUACUGUCUAGUUUCAAACAAUGACUACUUUGACAGCUUAUUAAAGGUAACAUUGAUUCUGUUACAGAAUACUCAUUGUGUGAAUUGCCAGGUGAUUACACUUCCAUUACUUGACUACUUGGUGGGAAACUGGCAGUUUAUCUAGUCUAGAACAUCCUUAAUUCACUUUGGCUGUAUGCCAUGUAUAAAGAAUAGGGGUAAAAAAUAAAUUCAGUUGGCUAAACUUUUCUCAGCCAAUAAAUGGAAACAGUCAUCAUUAAGUUUAAUUGUAUUAUUAAAACUAAUAUUAUGAUGGCAGACCAAUUCAAUUCUAGUUCCCACGCAUGAGCCAUGCCACCUGUUCAAAGAGUGUCCAAGUGUCGGUGUUGAUGACAUUUAAUUGUGUUAAUUUUGAAUAAAAAGUGGUUGGUACUAACAUGUUUUUUUAUCCCUCUAUGACCAGGUAUUUUCCAUAUCUGUGCCUUUACAAGAAAUGGCUCCCAAGAUGUGAGCAAUGUGUCCAGUGGAUGACCUAGAAAGUGUUUCCAUCCCUUGCCCCGUCUUUUGGAAUUUCAUCCUCAUCUUCUUUAUAGUUUAUUCUACUUCAACUGAUAAACAAUGAUCGUCACUGCCAAAAAAAGACCUCUAUUUAUAAUGUAUAGUCACUCAUGGAACCAGUAUUCAAUAUCUGUUAGAACUUUUAUAUUGUUACAGAUUUUAUAGUGUUUACUUUAAGAACCACUGUUGCUUUUAUAUGGCUGUAUAGAUCUGCAGUGUCUAAAGGGAUGAUCUACUCUCUUGGACUGUCACAUGGAAACUGCUGUUCAGGGCAGGAAUUAGAAAAGUUGGGAUCUCAUAUCCAAGAAAACAGGUGUAUUAAAAAAAAUAUAUCUGGGAUCCUUUUAUUAGAUUACCAUGUGGAUAAAUAUACCCAUUGAAUGAAUACGUCUGUGGAGUGAUUUACUAAAGGUUCUGAAACCUUAAGGUUUUCCUGUUUCCAGUUAAAAUAGACUGGAAAUUGAAUUACUAACCUAGCAGAAAUCUGGAGGUUCAUUUAUAAUCGUUUCAGGGCACACAAUUUAAACUUGCUCACUAGCCAUUGGCAAGUAGAAUUUUGUCCUUUUAAGUGUGCCAUAGACCCCAUUUGUGUAUCUUAAUUGUUGUUGUUUGAAUGCAGUGUAUGGCAACGGCUGAUCCCUGGUGCAAUCAGGGCUGUGGUUCAUAUUGGGAAUUAGGCAUCUACAUUUUAUCAGAAGAGGUGAAUAUGAUCUCAUAAUCCUCACCUGCUUCUUUCUCAGUAAGUUUUAUGCAUGAUCUGUAUUAUAAAAGUUAAAAUGUUGAGCCCCAAUCAUGAAAUCUCUCUCUACCCUACUCAAACUAAAACUCUUCCACCAAAAUCCUAAGAAUCCACACAUUUACCCAGAGAAUUGUCACAUUCCCUAGCUAUUACCAGAGUUCUCUUGAAUUUGGUGAUCCCGCAAAUACAUCAUUGCGUACUAAUAACAUAUGCCUUGUGAACAUCAUAUGUAAAUUCUCUUUGUUUGAGAAUAAAAUCUAAAAUGUUUGAUUUGUCAGAUUCCUGAAGGGAAAAAAGCUAAUAUUUCCCAAUUUAAUAAAAUAAUAAUAAUAAUAAUAAAAACAGCAUUUACUCAUAUAGUUGAACUAUGGUUGAUACAGUGUUCUAGAUCAUCAGCUGAAAAUGCCUCAUGGCAAAAUGUAACAGAAUUACAAUGCCUCAUGGCAAAAAGUAAGAGAUCUGGUAUGACGGACAGAUGGAUAAAUGGACAGAUGGACUCAUGUUAGAAUUGUAGGAUGGAUUAAGAUUUGGCAAGGAGUCAGAUGACUGCAUUGUGGGGAAUCUUUAUCACUAUAAAGAUUUGUUCCUUGAUAUUCAGUCUUUACAGGAGAAUACUCCUUUUAAAUAUAUUCAUCGUUACACAGCAGAUAUUUUAGAAGAUUUAUUUUUCUUUUUGCAGAAGAUUUACAACUGAAUAAAUAUUGUUGAAGGGGCUGAUGAAUAAUAUUUUACAGAAGUCAGAGGAAUAGUCACGCAUACGUGACCUAAACUUUUACAUCAAGAACAGAUACUAAAAUAAAAUAAAGGACCCCAGAUAGAACAUCAGUUUAUUAUUAGAUGAGCUUGCACAGGGCUAAAGGGCACUUGGACCAUGCAGAGAGUGCUUCAUUAGCACUCAGUGCCUGGUCUGCUGUCAGUGGGGUCAGCCUAAUUCUGGGCAUUGCCAGUGACACAAAUCGAAUCACUGGCAAGCCCACCCCUGUCUCAAUGUCCCAAAAAAUGGUGUAUGUGUGAGUGGCUACAUCUGUAUGUGUAGCUAAUCAUGUAUGUGUUUUUGUGGAUGUUGGGAUGUUUUGUGGAGGUUGGGAUGUUAAGGUCAGUUAGCUAACUGCAGAUAUAGUCAGGAGAUAGCAAGUGGUAUUACCAACAUUAGUGUGGUUAGAAUUAAGAAAUCCACUACUAAAUGAUAGUUAAGUCUGAAUAGUAAUACAUUUUAAGAAAGACCUCGAAAGAUAACAUGGAACAGCUAAAUGGUAGUGGAACAUGAUGGAAACCUACAAAUAUUUCAAGGGGUUUUCAUAAAGUACAAUGCUGCUUCUUAUGUAAAAAGAGCACAGCUAUACCAAAGGAUCGUAAGACUGACUACCGGAAGGCAAAUGUGUGGUAACUGUAAAAACUGUUACCAUUAUACUACGGCAAGAGCGGCAGAUACGUAGAAAAUGUUUGCAUAAUAAGGGGUAAAGACAAACCUACUGGCAGAGUUUAUGAGAACACUCAAAGCCCGAUUACAACUAAAGGACAUUUAAUGAAUGUGGAGUCAAGGCUACACUGUGGCCAUGCCACGGUAAGAUGCCAAACCAUUUUAACACAGUUUGACAACUUAGCUGGUUCCCACUAGGACCUACAGUGAUGGCAUCACCACCCUCAGCAAGUGAAUAUGAUCCUGUAUUGGCUGUGCAUUACAGAGUCAACUGGUUUCUCCUGAUGGAGAACACGAGAUAUGAUGUGAGUGCCGAGGUAAUUUGUCAAACUGUGUUAAAAUAGUUUGGUAUCUUACAGUAGAACAGUACUAGGGCACAGUUGGCUGGAGUGGUAAUGGUGGUUACAGUGUUCCUUUUAGACAGUCUUUUAUAGAUGCACAACUGUCAUUAACAGGGAUUGAAAUCUUUAGAUACGGAAUGGAAAGAAAUGCAGAAAUGUGUAACUGCAUAAGUGUCACCCACAACCUGUAUAAAUAAUCUCUUACAAGCAAAUAAAUAAUAUAUAAAAUCACAACUACACUCUAUGUAAAGUAAUUUGAGGGUUCUUCUGCUACCUUAAAAGUGUAGGUGAAAGAACUCAACUUUCUAAUAAUUAGUUAGUAUUUCCAAGAUAUCCCCAGCAGUUAAUUUUACACCUGUCAGAAGACACUCUUGGAAAUACAGAUUAUAUUACAUGGUUUAGUCUACACUGGGGGAGAACAAGUCUUUAAUGGUGAGCAGAGCUCGAAGGCUGAAAUCAGAUCACCUGUGACUCAGUUUCAACCAGACAGAAACAAACAUUACUCAUUUGGGAGAACUUCAGUCAACUUAGGUAGUUCCUGGCAGUUGGUGGCAGUCAUUUCUCUUACACCUUGCCCUCAGGGUGUCUGUAUUAUACUUAAAAUUAUUGAUUUCAAAUCUACAGAUAAAUAUUUUCCAUGAUUUAUCAACUGAAACUCAAAAUAAUGUCAUCAACUUCAAAGGGUUAGAAAAUCUAUCUACUAUUGCAUUUUAUUGUAAAAAAAUUGGGGCUUGUACUAUGCUUCAGUCUUCUUUGCUCAAAACCUUGGCAGCUAAGAUUUACAAGAAAAAAUUCCAGUUUUAGCAUCAGAGUUUAAAAAGCAAUACAGGGUUAUCCAUGUGCGAUUUGUUGGGAAUUCAAAGUUCUGUUAGUUUAAAAAGCCAAACUGAAAGUAUACAAGACAAGGGUUUUUUAGAUGAGCUAUUUUGAUGCAAAAGACUAAAUCAUUUCUAAUUUCUGACAGUUUACAUUUAAGUAAAAAUUCUCCAUGCGUAUAAAUUAAAUUUUAAUUAUAGUUUAUAACUGCAAAGAUGUGUUUAGUAAAUAAACACCAUUGUAUGAUAUAAGUAGCCAGCCCCAUUUGACAAAUCACAAAGGAUUUUUUCACUUAAGUUUGAAUUAUCAAAAAUUCAAAGUACAUUUCAAAGUUGAGGCCAAACUUCAAUAAGUUCUUGGUUUAGUAAAAAAAAAAAAAAAGGUAGGGGUUACUAUAAUGGUCUGAACAUCUAAAAAGAUGUAAGAAUACAUGAUACAAAAUCUCUCUUCAAAAUAAUUAAGAGUAAACAAAUGUCUCUUUUCACAUCAAAAUUUUCGAAGAAGGUGGAAUUACAAAGAUUACUUAAAUUGCAAAGGAAAUUAAUUCACUUUUUUUUCUGUGGUUCAUCAAGUUACAUUUUAUUUUGAAGUCCCUAGGCGUCUGAUUGUUCCAUUUAUAUGUUGAUAACUUUUUUUCAGAAUACUCGCGAUUGCUUAAAGGGACACUAUAGUCACCAGAACAACUACAGCUUAUUGAAUAUGUUCUGGUGAGUAGAAUCAUUACCUUGAGGCUUUUUGUAGUGUUUAAAUUACAGCCUAGUGAUAACUUCACUGGCCACUCCUCAGAUGGCUGUUAGAGAUCCUUUCUGGGUCAUGGCUGCCUAAAAUGCAUCCAAACAUUCAGUAUCUCCACCCUCUGCAUGCAGACACUGAACUUUCCUCAUAGAUUCAUUGAUUCAAUUCAUCUCUAUGAGGAGAUGCUGAUUGGCCAUGGCUGUGUUUGAAUCAUGCUGGCUCUGCCUCUGAUCUGCCUCUUUGUCAGUCUCAGCCAAUCCUAUGGGGAAGAACUGUGAUUGGAUCAGGCUACCACUUCUGAUGAUGUCAGCAGACUGUUUGUUUUUCUGAGCCUAACAGCAUGUAGAGUUACAGCUUCAGGCUUGAAUACAGUAAGAUUUUUACUAUGUUUAUGAAGGCAUGAGGGGCACAGGGGGGCUAGUUAGUGGUGUAAACACUGUAGGGUCAGGAAUACAUGUUUGUGUUCCUGACCCUAAAGUGAUCCUUUAAGUUUGACAAUUUGCCAUACAUAGAACGCUCUAUUUUAAUGAACAAAUAUGGGGAAAUGUGUUGUCAAAAAGUGUUGAUAGUGAUGUCAAUGGCAUAGUUAACAGCUUCACUUUAAAUAGCAAUAUGAAGAAUUGUGUUUCAUAAUGUUAUGGAUAAAUAAUAUCUUGGCUGUAUGAUACAUUAAUCAUAGCAAAUUUAGCAAGAUGAGCAGUUUUUUUUACUUGUAUGUCUAGACAAGAAUAUAAUCUCUUUAAACAAUGUCUGCAUGUUAUUUUUGGAAAACAGAAUAUUCAGGGAUAUAAUAGUUAAUAUGUGGGGUAACAGCGUUUUUGAUCCAUGGUGAAAGCUAUCUGCCAUUUUGAAAUCUAGAAGGAUGAAUUUGAAUUAACAGCUGUAAAACAGUAAAGUCUUUUUUUCAGACUUUAUUAUGAUGGCGUAAUAUAAAAAUGUGGAGAGAAUAUUAUUCGCCAAUGGGAUCUCAAAACGGAAACUGAGACACUUAAAAAUGAAUGGAAACUUCACAAUACCCAAUUUCAUAGGGAGCCAUUUUCUAAAAGAUUUUUUGUUUACCUCGUGCUUGAAUCCACAUUCUAAAAUGUUAUAGCUACAGCAGAUGUAAUAACCAACCAUGUUAAAAUAAGGCAGUUCCAAAAUGGGAGCAUGAGACGUCCCAAGAUGGUGCUACCUGUGUGCCUUGUGGGAAGAAGAUAUGUUCAUUGAUGAGUUUGAUAUUGCAAGUAUAUACUUCUGCAUAUAUAAUUCAUGAUAAAAGGAGGAGGGUAAGAGACAUGAUAUUACCUACACAAAUUGAAAUCAAGAUAUCAAGAUUUUGAUAAUUAGUGUAGGAACUGAACUGGCUGGCAUCUAGUCUUAUGUGCUUUCUGUACAUAGCUCAUAAAUAUCCUCUUAUGAAUAUUUUAUCACUUAGUAAUUGUCUUAUUGCUUGUGUAUUAUGUAACAGUUUAUCAUAUUUUUCAAAUGCCGAACUAUAAUAGAAUCCAAUAAGAAGCAACUGGAAGAGAAAAUAGAAAAAGUGUAAAGAAGAUGGAGAGUAGUGCAAGCAAUCCCCAUUAGUCUAUGGUAGACCUUAACACAGUGUAUUACUGGUAAAGCAUGCGCACAUCGAGAACUCCCACCAAAAUGUGAUGUAUUUGGUCAUGGAUGCCAUUUUGUUUCAAAUAAAAGUUCGGAGAGAUUUGUCCAAAUUCUUUGCCCACAGAUCAUGAAAAUUCUGACAAAUAAUUUGUUAACAUUUCUUCAAUAACUACUAUGAAUGUAU